CAUGGUUCAAAACGGGUUCGGGUCAAAACGGGUCAAUUAAAAAAAGUGUUGUUUUGGUUCGGGUCGAAACGGGUUCGGGUCGGAACGGGUUCUGGUCGGAACGGGUUUCGGGUCGGGUCGGGUCGGUUAAAAAAAUGUUUUUUUAAAGUGAUUGUACAUCAAGGGGCAGUGUGUAUGUAUCAAAUGUAUUAACAUAGCGUUGACACGGUCACAUGGGAGUUCGUCCAAGCGUUGGAACCACACGCCCUCGAGCAUAUUUCAUGGCCCCUAGAUAUAGCCGAAACGAAAUCAAUGUUUGAGAAGCUCAGUGGAAUGCCAAACUGUUGUGGGGUCAUUGAGACCACACAUCUAAAGAUGCACCUACACAAGUCUGAAGGUGAAACCGGUGUGUGGCUCGACAAGAGUAAUAACAACAGUAUGAAACUACAGGUGAUCGUUGACCCGACAAUGCGGUUUGUUGAUGUGGUUUCUGGGUUCCCGGGACGUAUGACUAAAAACGGUGUCCUUCACCAAUCGGAAAUGUUACGUUUGGCACAGAAAGGAGAGAAGCUAAACGGGAAUAGAGGAGAACUUUCUAAACGAACAACGAUUCCUGAAUAUGUAGUUGGAGAAUCGGGUUUUCGGCUACUUCCAUGGCUGACGACUCCAUACCAUGAUGCAGGACUGAAUGAAGAUCAAACUGAAUUUAACAAGAGGCAUUUAACAUAUCCAAACACCACCCUAAAAUGCAUCAAGAGAGACGAUACUGGAUCGUCUCUUGCGGAUUCAGAUGCAAAACAUUAGGAAAUACACAUAACUUUAGCAAUGAAAGUGAAAACAUUAAUAUAGAUCUAGUUUUGGUUCUCGGUUCUUUUCAUGGUGAAACCCGACUUUGACCUAUGGACCGGAACCGACCCUAUAUUUAGGGUAGUGAAUUGGUUCUGUAUUUUAUGUUUGAUCGGUUCUCGGGUCGGGUUGGGUAAUGGUCGGGUAGGGUCGGGUUUUACCUUUUGCUCACCCCUACUUCGUUGUUUGAUAUUGUUAUGUUUUAUAAGUUCGCAUAUUUAUUUUAAUAUGUUCAAAAGCAAAAACCAGCCCACCUAAUAGCACUAGGCUGUUCUAAAAAUGUUGAAGUGAAAAGGGGUGUAAAUUAGUUAAUUUGAGAUUUCGUUGACAAUCCGUUCUAACAAGAACCGUUUAACCCGGUUCCAAACCAGUUUUAAAUGGUCCGGUUCCAGUUCUCAUUUAUGGAAAAUUUAUUCAUUCUCUUUAUUGUAUAUAAUAACAACUUUUGUCAACC